UGCUUUUGACUUCUCGUUUGCGUUUCGGUUUUUGGCAAAAUUUAGAACAUGUUUAAAUUUCUUAAAAAAAUAGGAUAAAUUGAUGGAUACAUUGAAUAAUAAUCAAGUGCUAACGACGAUAAUGGAUUUGUUAAACACCUCUUUAAUGCCAGUGCGCUUUGUUGACAGCCAACGCAUGCAAUCUCCAGUCAAGCACGAUGCCAAUCUGGCCAGCUGCAAGGCUCGCCUGGAAGCAUUAGUUGCCGAUCUGCAAAGUAAUUACGCCAAAUGGCAAAUAGCCCAACAACGCGGCACCGCGCUGUGCUACGCCAUCGAGGCCCGAAAGACGCGUUGCUAUGACAACGCGAUUGCCGAGGCCGGCUUCUAUCCGGAAGAUCUGGUCAAGCCCUGCGAUAAGCUGGCCAUUAUUACGUCGAUCUUUGUUGAUAUUUUCACAAACACCCGCGAGAUUUUACGACAAUUGCGUGCCUUAACCCUGCUCGCGGGCGUUGCCUCGAAUGUGAUCUUUUACCGUACCUGGAAGCUAACACAGUUUGUAUCCUUCACCGAGGACCUUCUAAAGCGAUACAAGCAGGAGUCACUGGUGAAACAGCAUGUAAUGCAAAACAUAGCGCACAGCACUUGCCGAGGCAAACUAAUCUCGUACACCACGGCCUGGGAGUUCCCCGAACAUAUUGAUGCCUAUGUGAACUUGGUGUUUCUGCUGCUCGCCGAGGAGGUCAGACGAAAAUGAGUGGCCAUUCUUGAUUGAAACCGCAGUUAAAUCUGCUUUAAAUAUAUAUUUGUACAUUUUAAAUGUUAUGUUAAAUUUU